AUGGAUGCCUCCAAUUCUCAUGAAAUCAUAGCAAGCGAGAUAACGCCUCUGAUACCUGCAAAGGGCUUGAAGAAACCUAAAACACCCCUUCCAAAACUUCAGAUAGGCAUUCUUAUAACGCUGCAACUUGCAGAGCCCAUUGCUUCAACAUCCAUAUUCCCAUACAUCAAUCAGCUGAUCAGAGAACUUGGAAUCACUGGGGGUGACGAUGCGGCUGUAGGAUAUUAUGCCGGAAUGAUUGAAUCUCUGUUCUUCGUCGGACAAGCGCUGACAGUGCUGAGGUGGGCUCGGCUGUCUGACCGCAUUGGGCGCAAGCCGGUGUUAGUAAUCGGACUAUCAGGAAUUUGCAUUUCGAUGCUAUGUUUUGGUCUCUCGACGACCUUCUGGGGCCUUGUCAUUAGUCGUUGCAUGUGCGGUUUUCUGAAUGGCAAUGCUGUAGUAAUGAAAACCAUGAUGGGAGAAUUGACGGACUCCACGAAUAUGGCUCAGGGAUUCGCCUUGAUCCCGAUUGUCUGGUGCGUCGGAGGCUUUCUUGGUCCUUUAAUGGGCGGAACGCUUGCGCGACCGCAAGAUCAUUGGCCCGCAAUAUUUUCCGGUUCAUUUUGGAGAAAUUACCCAUACUUUCUGCCUUGUGGAGUGGCAGCCUGUCUGCUUGCCCUGGCCGUUGUCAUGAUGUCAUUGUUCUUAGAAGAAACAUUAUCGACAAAGCGUCGACCGAAGUUCACUUCAACCGCGGUUGGCGUUUCAAGUAGUCCCGACGGAGAAUCACUCGCUCAAAAAUCAAUGGCAAAUAUGUCCUUGCGAUCUCUUCUCACGCCUUCCGUUGUUAUUCCGAUUGCAAACUACGCCAUGCUCUCCUUCCUUGACGUUUCUUUCAGGGUUCUUUUGCCGCUGUUCUUUUCGACACCUACUUAUCUUGGCGGUCUUGGAUUUGAUCCCGCUACUAUUGGCUCGUGGAUGGCGUUCUUUGGGAUUACCGAUGGCAUCUUCCAGGCAUUAUUUUUCGCCAGAAUCGUCGAUUGGAUUGGUCCGAAGCGUUUAUUCUGUGUCUCGGUGUCGUGCUACGCACCACUCAUUGCUAUAUUUCCGAUAAUGUCGUGGAUUUUACGCGCAAGGGGCGAAGUUGAUCAUGCAAUCACGCUUGCCUUGCUUUGCCAUCUAGCUGUAGCAGUCACAUGGGAUAUGGCAUAUGGAACUAUUUUCCUGUUUAUCACGGCCUCUGCUCCCACAAACAGUGUCCUUGGAGCUAUCAAUGGCCUUGGCCAAACCUCUGCGGCGGUGGCUCGUGCCGUUGGUCCCGCUUUGACGACUUCACUCUUUGCUGUAUCGAAAGAACACAACCUUCUAGGAGGAAAUGCAGUUUUUGUUAUCUUAAUUAUGUUGGCCGGUGGAUUGAGAUGGCUGGCGUCCCAGUUGCCAGAUGAAGUACAGGACAGGGAUGAAUAA